CGCAUACGUGGCUCCUCGGUGGAGUCGGUAGUUUGAUCGAUUUCUUCAGCUGCCCAUCUUCGUCUUCAACAUUAAUUAAAAACCUCGCAAAGUUUUUGAUGAUAUUCUGUAGUGUGUUCCUGCAAUGGCGUUGUUUCGGAAGCUGUUCUACCGCAAGCCGCCGGAUGGGCUUCUCGAGAUCUGCGAGCGAGUUUACGUAUUUGAUAGUUGUUUCACUACUGACACCGUUGCGGACCAAGAUUACAAAGGCUAUGUGGGAGGCAUUAUCACCCAGCUCAAGGAGCAUUAUCCCGAUGCUUCAAUCCUGGCAUUCAAUUUUCGUGAGGGAGAGGUUCAGAGCCAGAUUGCAAAUGCAUUGUCAGAUUAUGAUAUGACAAUAAUGGAGUACCCUCGGCAGUAUGAAGGUUGCCCAUUGCUGCCGAUGGAGGUGAUCCACCAUUUUCUAAGAUCUAGUGAAAGCUGGCUUUCGCUUGGGCUACAGAAUCUUCUUCUCAUGCAUUGUGAACAUGGUGGUUGGGCAGUUUUGGCUUUCAUGUUGGCUGCAUUGUUGAUCUAUCGAAAGCAUUACAGUGGGGAGCUUAAGACCUUGGAUAUGGUGUACAGGCAAGCUCCUCGUGAGCUUUUGCACUUACUGUACCCCGUGAAUCCCAUGCCAUCACAAUUAAGAUACUUGCAGUAUGUAUCGAGAAGGAACGUCGCCACAGAGUGGCCCCCAUUAGACAGGGAUCUCACAAUGGAUUGUGUCAUUAUUAGAACAAUCCCAAACUUCGAUGGAGAAGGUGGAUGCAGGCCAAUUUUUCGUAUCUAUGGGCAAGAUCCUCGCCAAGCGUCUGACCGUACACCUAAGGUUCUAUUUUCAACUCCAAAGAAGAGUAGAGCUGUUCGACAUUACAAGCAGGCAGAAUGUGAAUUGGUAAAGAUUGACAUUGAUUGCCACAUUCAAGGUGAUGUUGUACUGGAAUGUAUCUGCUUGCUUGGCGACAAAGAUCGGGAAGUCAUGAUGUUCCGGGCCAUGUUUAACACAGCUUUUAUCAGGUCAAAUAUUUUAAUGCUCAAUCGAGAUGAAAUUGACAUAUCGUGGGAUGCGAAGGAUCUAUUUCCCAAGGACUUCAGGGCAGAGGUUCUUUUCUCGGAGAUGGAUUCUGUUUCCUCUGUAACCCCUGUGGACUCUUCCUGCUUCGAAGAGAAAGAUGGCCUUCCUGUCGAGGCAUUUGCUAAAGUUCAAGAAUUUUUUAAUAGUGUUGAUUGGUUAGUCCCAAAGGGCGAUGCCACUGUUGAAGUUCUCCAACAGAUAUCUGUUGAAGCUUAUUCUCAAACUGAAACAUAUCAGGUGAACCAGAGCCUAGCUGCACGAGGUGUUAAAACUGUUGCUAAGAGCACACCAGAUUUGCCUUCAGACAACCGUUCUAAUUUCUUGCCGGAAAUGUCCGCAAGUGCAGAUAUGGAGAGAAAGCAGGAUGAUCCCCACUCCCAAAAUGUGACUAUCCCAUCUCAAAAGCAAACCCUUAUUCCUUCGGCAGAUCUUUCUUCACUCCCAUCAUCUUUGCUACCUCAUCAACUUUCAAUUUCACAGUCCAACUCCAUUGCUCAACAAAGUAAAGCUGACACAUCACAUUCUAGAACUUCUCCCUCAACUCCCGCACUUCCUCCAGCAAAAAUCGCUGAUAUUGGCAACAGAAAACAUCCAUCUACACUGGAGGCAACUUCUCUGAAAGAGGACUCUGCAGUUGUCUCUCCUAGAAUAUCCCAUAAGAAAUUCGUGAGGGUUAGGCUAUCUCAACUCGACUCCCCUCAUUCAACUGAAGAUGCUGUUGGAGCCGCCAAAGUUGCCACUUCCCCACCGCCUCCUCCCCCUCCACCACUUCUAUCUCCACAUACUGCUACAUCCGAAUCUCCUUCUUCCACAACAACUAAGUCACCUUUCCUAAAUGUUAUUGAAGGUACUGGGCGCCAAUCACCCCCUCAUAUUUCCUCUCUCGAAACAGACAUCACUCGUAGAACUGUGCCUCAUCCUCCCCCGCCUCCUACCCCACCUAAUGCGACUCCGAUUCAGGAAAUUUUAACCGAUUCAUCUGCUCCUAUUCCAGUUGGACCUUUCGUUACGCCAGCCUCUCAUUUGAACAAGAACUUAGAUUCUGAAGUUCGGCCUCCGCCUCCUGCUACAUUUGACUCACGCUUGUCAGAAAGCUCGGCUAAGAGACCUUCACCUCCUCCUCCGCCUCCGCUUCUGCCUCCACCUCCUUUUGAACCGCCUAAUGAGCCUUCAUCUCUCAGAGGUGCGCCCCCAUCUAUAGUACCUCCAUCACCUUGUGGUCCAGCUCCAUCGGAACCCCAUUUGGAGAAGCACUCUGCUUCUGGAGUUAUACCUCCACCUCCUUUGACCCCUCCUUUGAGAGAUAAUUCCGUCCCCAGACCUGCACCACCCGCACCUCCACCUCCUCCAAGUUUUGGACUGGUUGCCCCGCCUUUGACUCCACCUAUGGCCAGACCUGCUCCACCUACACCUCCACCUCCACCUCCUCCUCCUCUAGAGACACCCAAGGAGAGGUCUAGUGGAGAAGAGCUCUCUUCUCCACCUUCUGGGCUGGCUGCUUCUCCCCGAGCAACACCUUUGAAGAUUAGUUUGAACGCGAAACCUGCUCCGUGCCCACCACCACCUCCUCCUCCAAUGCCUUUUAGAGAAGUGUCUGUAGCAGGUGGGCCUCCUCUUCCUCCUCCUCCUCCUCCUCCUCCACAUUCUAGCCAGAGUGCAGGACCUACAAAUUCAGUAAUUUUACCUCCACCACCUCCGCCUCCUAACCCUAGCCUCAGCAUGAGUGGUCCUCCAUCUGUUCCUUUUGCUCCUCCGCCUCCACUCCUUUCCCCCAGAGAGCCAGCUAGUUUGUCAAAUUCUGUUCCGUCUAGCAGCAACAAAGGUACUAGUAUGCCUGGAUCUCCAUCUCCUCCUCCGCCUUCAACUCCUCCACUUGGAGCCGCAGGGAAAAGUUUAUUGUCUCGUACUCAGACUUCACGGAGUCAAUCGAAGAAACUGAAGCCGUUACAUUGGUUAAAACUAUCAAGAGCAGUUUCUGGCAGCUUGUGGGCAGAGACGCAAAAAUCUGAAGCUUCUAGGGCACCGGAGAUUGAUAUUUCAGAACUUGAAUCUCUAUUCUCUGCUGCUGUUCCAAAUUCAGAUCAAGGGGGUUCAGGCAGAAAAACUGGUACACUAGGCUCAGUGGGUAAACCUGAAAAAGUGCAACUGAUAGACCACAGGCGUGCAUACAAUUGUGAAAUCAUGCUUUCAAAAGUAAAGAUACCGUUGAGUGACAUGUUGAGUUCAGUCCUUGCUUUGGAAGACACUGCAUUAGAUGUUGAUCAAGUUGACAACCUUAUCAAGUUUUGUCCUACAAAAGAGGAGAUGGACCUUCUUAAGGGUUAUAAAGGAGAGAAAGAUAAGUUAGGAAAGUGUGAACAGGCACGUAAACUUUGUCUUGAUUUGGUUGACCAUUUGUUUAAUCCUGAUGGCAAUGUUUCGAGACAGGUUACUUUGUUGUUAAAAGUCAUGACUCUUGUUUUUAUCUCAGUUCUUUCUGGAGUUGAUGCAAGUUUCGGACCUCAGAAAGAGCCUGAAUGUUGUCAAUUCUGCUGCAGAUCAGGCAACUUGCUUUUUCUGUUUAUCAGGGGUUCUGCAAAAUUGAAAAGAAUUAUGCAAACAAUCCUUUCUCUGGGUAAUGCUUUGAACCAGGGAACUGCAAGAGGCUCUGCCAUUGGGUUCAGGUUGGAUAGUCUCCUCAAACUUACCGAAACUCGUGCCCGCAACAACAAGAUGACACUGAUGCAUUAUCUUUGUAAGGCUUUGAAAGAAUUCCUUUGUUUUUCGGAAGGUGAAGUGAGGUGCUUGGCUUCACUUUAUGCUGGAGUGGGACGAAAUGUAGACUCACUGAUCCUUUAUUUUGGUGAGGACCCAGCUCGCUGUCCGUUCGAGCAAGUGAUCUCAACUUUGUUCAACUUUGUGAGGAUGUUUAAGAAAGCCCAAGAAGAGAACUGCAAACAGCUGGAGUUUGAGAGGAAGAAGGCGGAGAAGGAAGCUUCCGAAAAGAUGAAGAUGAAUGCUUCAGAUGCUGGACACUUGUUGCAAGUCAGAAGUGUCAAAUAAUUGAAAUUUUCAUGUUGAUUGAUGGCUGAUGAAAGUUUAUCUUGCUAGAAAACUCGUGACCAGGAAUGUCGAGAAAGUUCAGUACCUCCCCAUCACAGUAAAGUUUUUCUAGGUGUAAUCAGCAGACCCCAAUUUUGCUCGUGGUAGACUCUUGUAUAGAAUCUGAUCUAGUUAGUUUGUAUGCGACUUGCAUCAAUAUUUUACUGGACUUGUAAUGCACUAUGCUCCUGAAAAAAAAGGAAAAAAGAGAGAGAGAGAGAGAGA